AUGUUUUUCAAGUCUUUGGACCUGACAACUGCACUGAGACCCUUGCUGUUACCUGACGAGACUCUUCUCUUUGUGCAGGAUGCGGUGGGGCUGUAUGAAGGGAAAUACAAGAUUACCGAUUAUCAAGAUGGCCAUGCCUACUUGACAUCUCAUCGAGUAUGCUAUGUAGCGACGAACGAUCCUCGAAAAUACUCUGUGGCGAUCGAUCUUAAAGAAAUUGAUCGUGCUGAAUAUCAGGGGAAAUAUGCAAAGGCAGGCUUCUUGAAGUCAUCUCCGAAGAUCACAAUAUAUCCCAAGCCGCAAAAAAGCAAUGCCGAUAAGUCGCGCAGUGCAACGUCUAGUCCUGCCGUGCCCCCACCAUCGGCCCUCUACGCAGGCUCGGGCAAGCCGCCUUCUACUCUUCCUUCGUCGAUCGCCCCGCAGAAAUCACCUUCCACCCCAGUGAACUCGACGUGGAUCUGUCCCAUUUGCUCCUUCUCAAACCCUGUGCCUUCAAAUUUCGAUCCUGCCACAGCAAAGGCAACGACCCAUUUGCCACCAUGCCUAGCAUGUGGUAUUAAGCCACCUUUUACGACCGUUCUAAAGGCCGCGAUCAGUGCUGCAGCGAGUCGGGAACCCCCUCUCCCACGACCUAGCUCGGUGCCUAUUGAAGAAAACACAAGCCAUGGCGUUGUCCCUCAAUCGGCGCCCGUUGCAUCAAACUCCGUAUCAUGCCCUCGGUGCACCUUUGUGAAUCAUCCAUCUCUUAUAGAAUGUGAAAUGUGUGGAGCAUCGUUGGUAGCUACAGCUUCUUUAAAUCGGCCCAGUGAAUGUCGCGCUGAUUCCCCAGCUCCAUAUUUCGAACAAUCGCGAAUUCCGAACACUGAAGUGAGCGAGAGUAUCAAAUUAUCUUUCCGUGGAGGUGGAGAUAAAACUUUUCAUGAGAGACUGAAGAAUGCCCUAAUCCAGCGGAAAUGGCUGCUACAAAACGCGCCCCCGGUGCCUCCCCCGUCACAGAGCACAUCAAAUGUGCCAACAACUACUUCCACUAACAUGCUGGAGAAUCCUCAACCAGCACCUCUACGAGUAUCCGCCGUGGGAAUUGCAGGGCUGGAACAGCGAGGACUGGAAGCACGAAUGAACAAUCAACUAGUCAUUGGUAACGCUUUCGAGGAUCUAGAAGCUCUAAUGGCUUCGGCCAAGCAGAUUGUUGCGCUGGCUGAAACUCUGGCACGAGAGUCCGGCAUGUCCACGAAUGAGGGGUCCGCCGAGACCGACGCGGUUUUGUCUGAAUCUGCAGCCGCUUUGGGGAUGGUCACCACCAAGGACAUGCUUAGUUCUGGGUCGGAGAAUCUUUAUCUAUCAGAACUUGCACGCGACUUGGCCGAAUACCUGACGGAUGAUCGCAAAGGCAUUCUACAACGAGAAGGGGGAAUCAUGAGUCUUAUCGAUCUAUGGUCGGUCUUCAAUCGGUCACGGAAUGGAGUAGAACUCAUCAGCCCGUCAGAUUUCCAACGUGCUGCGGAGCUCUGGGAGAAGCUCAGAUUACCGGUUCGUCUACGACGUUUCAAGAGCGGGCUCUUGGUCGUUCAGCAAUAUGACUGGAGCGAUGAAAAGACACUUCGCCAACUACAAGACUGGAUGGAAGAGCUACGGCGAGUUUCACCAGCAGAAUCGGUGCCAUGGGAUUGGACGGUAUUCGGUCAGGCUGUAACUGCUCAAGAAACGGCCCAGCGUUUCAAGUGGAGUGUUGGUGUGGCUGCAGAAGAGCUUGAGAUGGCAGAGGACCGUGGGGUUCUCUGCAGGGAGGAAGGGGUUGAAGGACUACGGUUCUGGAUCAAUGGUCUCAUUGAAACCCCCAGUUGA